AUGUCAUCGUCAACACAGGUCUCAGCCAGGGCUGCAGAUGGCGGUGCUCAGGCUGCGGCGGCACUAGCAGCGUGGUUGGCGGCACGACAGAAAGAUAACGCAGCGGUCCUGACUCAAUAUUCCAUCUACCUGAGUGUCCUCAUCGGCAUUUUCAUCGUGGCUCACUGGCUACGCUACACGGCCGUCCGGCUUCAGUGGUCACGAUCCGCGGUGUUGUACCCUUUCGUCGCUCUGUCAAGAGCUGUACGAAGAAUGUUCAUCAGACGACUCCCUGGAUUCACGUCCGUCGGACAUGCCAUGGUCGUGACCGUCUUCGUGGCUCUGAAUGCCACCUUCAGUUUCUAUCGAAUCGACGUCUCUCAGCCUACUGAUCUGGCGGCCCGGUUUGGAUGGAUGGCGGCGGGAAAUAUGGCCUUGGUGGUCUUCCUAGCUCUGAAGAACACCCCACUCGCUUUCCUCACAGCAUAUUCUUACGAGCGCCUGAACGGUCUACACCAGAUUGCUGGAUACACGACGCUUCUCUAUGCUAUACUGCAUGGAACCAUCUACCCCGCGUACUUCAUCAAAGCAGAGCAGUGGGAAGUUCUCCACCUGGAGAUAGUCAAUGCCGGCAUCGUGCUCGGCUUCGCCACGCUCUCCACGGUCCUUGCCGGCACGAUUCUGAGGCGACUCAACUACGAGCUGUUCUACAUCGUCCAUCUGGUGCUCUUCGUCGUCAUCGUCGUUGCUCUGGGCCUACACCGGCCAAGCUUCGAGAAAUUCAAAAUCCUGAUCGUGACCGUCCUGAUCGCGGCCAUGUGGUUCGCUGAUCGACUCAUUCGCUUCGGCCGGCUAGUCUACAACAGCAUCAACAACGAGGCCGAGAUCUACGCCCUGCCCAAUGGCGGCACACGGAUAGUCAUCAAGAAGCACUUGUUCCGUGCACGACCUGGAAAGCAUUGCUACGUCUGGCUUCCGCAGAUUCGUGCCUUUGAGACACACCCCUUUACCAUUGUCGCUAGUGACCCCCUCGAACUCAUCGUCAACACCUACAGUGGCUUCACGAAGGAUCUUCACGACUACGCUGCUCGAAAUUCCGGACGAAGUCUGAAGGUUUCAGUCGAAGGCCCCUACGGUACCUUACCUGACCCCAUGGACUAUGAUAAGGUAGUCUUGGUGGCAGGCGGAGCGGGUGCUACUUUCACAUUCGGCCUGGCUGCGGACAUGCUCCGAAGGAUGACUGAAGAUUCGAGGCAGCAGAUUGACUUCAUCUGGGCCAUCAGAGAAUACAACAAUCUGUUAUGGUUCACACAGCACCUGAACAAUCUCCGAAUGCACAGUCACGCUCCAAGGAUUGCCCUAAAGGUCCAUCUCACGAAGCUUACGACCACUUCGCCUUUCAGCAGUACCGGUAGCGCGCUAUCCGAUACCUCCAGUGGCCACUCCCCAAUCUUACCGAUACAGAAGAAUGCAGAGUACCCAGUGAUUAGCGGACCGACAUCACCCGUCUCGCCUGUGUCUCUCGAUUCUGAGAAAAAUGAAAUCAAGGAGGUAUACCGUCAAAUGGAGCCAACCUCAGCCACGACGAGCUCUUCUGAUCUAACGCUCAUACACGGCCGGCCUGACACGGAGGGGCUGAUCAGGGCCGCGGUGCGGUCCGUUGGCAAGGACCAGAGGAUACUGAUCGCUGCGUGUGGGCCCAACGGCCUGUUGGAUGUUGUGAGGAAUACUACGGCUAGUUGUAUCAGCGUCGAUGGGCCUGCUGUCGAGCUCCACUGCGAGCAGUUCGGUUGGUAG